AUGAGGAUGGCGAUGGCGAUGGCGAUGGCGAUGGCGAUGGCGCUGCUGCGAGGAUGCGAAGAAGCUGAUGGCGAAGGCACGAGCGCCAUGCUUCUUCCUGGACGUCCUGGCUUGUGGAGCUCGAUGGAGGGAAGUCCUGCAUGCUGUCUGCAGAGACUUCGAGGAGGAUACAACCCCGGGGGGCUAGUGCAGGAGCAGACGUUCAAGCUGAGUAGGAUGAAGCAGAAGCUGGAGAAAUUGGUGGCAGCACAACGUUGGGACGAUGCAUACACCCUUGCUGAGGCCUUGAAGGAGCAGAAUGAGAAACUAGCUCGAUGUUUGGGUGAGGACAGUUCGCAGGUAUCAUCCCAUCAGAUUUUUGAGAAGGAUCGUGAAGUCGAGAGCCAACCGUUCAUCUUGUCGCGUGCAAUAGAAGAAAGAGAAAAUGCUGUAGCAAAGGAGGUCGCAGCACUGAACCGGAGAAUUUUCUCGAAAUCAGAGCGACUACUCAUGAAUCCAAGGAACACCAUGCAGGUGACCUACCAACGAUUGCAGGCCGCUGCUGGCAUGCCGGAUGAUGACGUGAGGAUAGACCCAUCGAUCGAGCAGGAUGGAAUUCAGCAAAGGCUCGACACACCUUACAUCUUUGCCUACUCCAAGGAGACCAAUGGCGAGAAGGAAUACUUUUACAUCGUGUUGAAGACCUGUCAUAUCCCAUUGAGGAAUGGAAAGAUGGCAAGACUGAUUCGCCUCAAGAAUGACACGUUUGUCCUUGUGAAGUCGGAAGAAGAUCUGUUCUACCUUGCGUCAGCAAAGAACGUAACUCCUCAGCUUCCUUAUCACAUAGGAAAAGAGAAACCGACCAACCCCUUCAAGAAGAUCGAACGGCACAUUCAGCGCGACUGGCUGAUGCAACAGGCGGAGGACAUGUGUUGGGAUGGCGAGGCAAGAGACUUGAACGAGGCCCUUCACUUGCUCAAACGUCGGGUGAGCUCAAGAAGACAAUGGCCAUGUCUGCCUCUGUCGCGUCUACUCUUCGUUGAGAAGAUGAAGACAGCGGAGAGAGAUGGGGACUUGGAUUUUCUUCUGAGCAAGGCGUGUCUGGAGGGAAACGCGACCUUGGCAGAGAAAAUCCUGCAAUCUGGGGCCCAAGUGAAUGCGCAAAUUCCUGAAAAUCUCAACAUGACGGCGUUGCAUUGCGCGGCGCAAGCCGGAUGGUUGAACCUUGUGAACCUGCUUCUGAAACACGGCGCUGACGUGAACGCGACGAACUUGCACGGUCAGACAGCUCUGCACAGAUGCGCUGAGAAAGGUGGGAACUACGUGGUGGAUAUACCGAUCGCCUUCACAGCCAACCUUCCCAAAGUGAGUGACAUGAACGCUUCGGACAUCUCUUUUACCUUCGUCCCCCGCGUGGGAGGAGACUGGAGGGACCAGGGGUCCUUAGCAGUCGCUCGUCGCCUUGUUGCGAGGGGUAUCGACCUUUGGGCGAGGGACAGUCUGGGAAAGACGGCAGAGAUGAUGGCGGACGACAGCGGACGAUUUCAGACGAGGGACUACCUGCGGAGACAGAUGAGAGCUGAUGAGAACGGGACGCUCCCGGGUGACAGGGCGGGGUUUGCUCCUGAAGACAUGACGUGGGAGAGGAUGAUGGGGGACGAGGAGGCAGUGCGAAAGUGGCGUGAGGGGGCGGAGGCGAGGAUGAAGAGGAAGCAGGAGGAGGCACUUGCGAAGCGCGAGGCUCUCGAGUUGGCGAUGGAAUCCGGCGAUUUCUCCAGAUACCCCACAACGAAGCUGCAUCAGCAAGAAUCGCAGGACUUCAUUAAGGAAGUAAUCGAGACCUACGAAGAGCUGGAGGCUAAAAACCUGACGCACUACCUCUUUGAAGACGUUCGGGGGUGGUUUGGAGUAGAGGUGGAAGAGGCCCUGGACAAGUACAGGUCCUCCGAGGAGGUUCAGGACGAGAAUGACAUCGUUGCUCUCAUCAAGGACGCUGAGCGCACCCUGGCUAAACAGCAGCAGGCUUCCCGCCAUGAUCGCCGCCCCUGA